AUGAUUCUCGACCACUAUGUUAUUGUCCAGCAGUGGACCCCAAAUUUUAUCCCCUCAAAGAAUAGAGUGCAGAAAAUUCUGGCAUGGGUACGCCUCUCGUCAAUUCCAGUAGAAUACUUUGAUGAGGUUUACUUGUGGAAGUUGGGCGAACAGAUAGGGAAACCGAUCAAGAUUGAUACUACUACUAGUCUGGCUUCGAGGGGUAAAUUUGCACGGAUUUGUGUUGAAAUUGAUAUAUCAAAGCCCCUACUAGCAAAGUUCUGGAUUGAGCAGGAGGUGUGCCCUAUUGAAUACGUAGGAAUUCAUUUGGUAUGCUUUGGGUGUGGGCGGUAUGGUCAUAAGAAGGAACAAUGUGGAGAGGGAAUUGGGAAAAAGGUCAGGGAAGAGUCAGGGCAAGAAGUUGAUAUGAGGGAGGUAGCAUCAGAGGAGACACAAUUCCAUGAACCUGCGCUGAUGGAGAAAACCAUAUCAAGGGAUCAGUGUAAAUCGGAAAAGUAUGGGUCUUGGAUGCUGGUAACGCGUAAGGAAAGGAGGAGCAAUAGGAGGAAUGGCAAUCGGGGUAAGCAGGGCUCUAAGGUGACGGAAUCAGUACCUUAG